GAAAAUGUUGACGGACUCCUUUAUAUGCGUCCCAUUACCAUCAUCAAAUCCAUACCAAACCCACUAGUGAGAGAAACACAAAAGGGUUCCGUAAUAAUAUGGACGGCAGAGGUGGUGGUUGUAUUGCAAGAUACUCUGGCAGCAACAGUAGAUAUGGUGAGAUAACCUACGGUAUGUCAAAGGUUGAGAGAAUAAUGCUCAAGUUCACGCCCAUCGCACCCAAACCCAUGGCUGCCGGAUCCGGUUCCAGCUGCUCCACGGUGGAGCACAGCGACGGCUCCGGCAGAACCCCACGGCGUAAGCGGAGCGGCGUUCAUGGCGGAGACACGGUGGUGACGCUGGCUUUGAUGCCGGAGACACCAGAGCGGAAAGAAAACUCACCGGCAACAAGUUCACCGAGUGAAAAACAAGAUGUAUUAUUUUCCGGUACAACAGUUAAUAAUAAGAAGCCAUCACAGGUUUUGUUAAGCUUCAACAGUAUGCAGUCAACAGCACGUGAUGGUCACGUGAUAGCGUCACCGAAACCGCAGAAGUUGAUGGUAACGUCGUUAGUGACGGUGGAAUGUGUGACGGCGACGUGGAUGAACGGUGACGGUGUAGGGUUAACAGAUCAGGCAAGAAUACUGAGCAUGGAGAUGGACACGUGUCCAUCAUUCAUCACCAACAGUAGAGACACGGUGGUGUGGACUAAUAAAGCUUAUAGAGAGAUGAUAACCGGUAGUGAUAAUUAUUCAGAUGAGAUGGUUAUGGUGGUGGUGAAGAAGUUUAAUCGGGUUACUUUGCCGGUGUGUCACCCGGCGUUCACGUGCACUGUUAAGGUCACGUGGGGGGCUGACCGGGCUACGGCGGUUACCGCACCUUGCGACGUGUGGCGGUUGUGUAACGGUGGUUAUGCAUGGCGGUUGGAUGUUAAAGCUGCGCUGUCAUUAGGCCGGUAUAGUUGAGGUGGUGUAUUGUUGUUCAUUAACGGUAGUUUUUUCAUGA